AACCUCACUGUCAAUGCACAAGUGAGGAGGGAGGGUGAAUGCAGAGAGUUGUGCGAAAUUCCCCUCGGUCGCAGCAGAAUCGAAACCUUCACUGCAAAAGGGCCGAAGUGUCAACAGUGAAACCAAAGCGCCAGGGAAGGCGCGUCUGCCUCUGUCAGCAAAAGCGCCUGGAGCCAGGGAUCAACCUGCGGGCUGUGUUCCCAGGGAGCGCCCUGCUUUGAGAGGCAGAUGCGACCGGGGCAAGCAGCGAUCCGGGCUGCCAGGAGCGCCGGGGCUGGGGCGUGAGGAGAGGGAGAUGUUUGCGGGCUGCAGCGGAUCAAAGUGGAGGCUCCCCGGUCAACUAGGGGAGAGACCGCGACUGGGGCUGCGAAAACCACUCUAGGGGACAGACCAGCAGGAGCACCGGCAACACUGUCAGCCGUGUGUGUGUGUGUGUGUGUGUGUGUGUCCGUCCUGCUAGCAGCCCAUUGGCUGGGGGCUGCCUGAUGUCACGGCUGGGUGUUCCUAUAAGCUCUCCAACACAUAACGGGCUCAGGACACUUGUAGACAGGACUCCUGGCAGGGCAGGAGCUGCCCAGGCUGCCGCUGCAGAAGGGAAGGGAGGAGGCUAAGAGGGGAACAAACAAAUGCAAAUUCCUAGCCACCAAACAAUCUGUCAACAAGUCUAACUGCAAGAGGCCCCCAGCUCGGCCAAGCCACCGCCGGCAUUUCUCGGGGGGCUGCCAAGCUUGGAUCUCCUACAGCGCGCGUGUGACUGCUCCAGGGCACCGAGUGCGGGAGACAGCUGGCGUGGAAAGAGCGCGAGCGGAGCGCCGGCCCUGCGCAGUGGGCAUCGGACUUCGGACCGUCCCAGACUUGCCUGCGAAGAGCCCCAGCGCUGUGCAGCGGGGGAUCGGACCCGGGGCUGGCCGAGGCUUGCAUGUCAGCAGGGAGCAGAGCGCAGAACGUGCGCUGCUGCGGGUAGGAAGCCAUGGGAUCGGUGAGUCCCACCAGCUCGGUGCUUGCUACGGGCAAUGUGAGCAGCAGCGAGGAGCCGAGUAGUUCCAGCCUGUCGGAAGACGUCUGGAUGGUGGGCAUGGGCAUCCUGAUGUCUGUGAUCGUGCUGGUCAUCGUCUUUGGCAACGUCCUGGUGAUCACCGCCAUCGCCAAGUUCCAGCGGCUGCAGACCGUCACCAACUACUUCAUCACUUCCCUGGCGUGCGCCGACCUGGUGAUGGGGCUGACCGUGGUCCCCUUCGGAGCCAGCCACAUCAUGCUGAAGCAGUGGAAGUUUGGGAACUUCUGGUGCGAGUUCUGGACCUCCUUGGACGUGCUGUGCGUCACGGCCAGCAUCGAGACCCUCUGCGUCAUUGCCGUGGACAGGUAUUUCGCCAUCACCUCCCCCUUCAAGUAUCAGAGCCUGCUGACCAAAAGCAAAGCCAGGAUUGUCAUCCUCGUGGUCUGGGUGGUGUCUGUUUUGACCUCCUUCUUGCCUAUCCAGAUGCACUGGUACAGAGCAGAUGGCCCGGACGCCAAACGCUGUUACAAAAACGACACUUGCUGUGACUUCUUCACCAACCAGGCCUAUGCCAUCACUUCUUCCAUCAUCUCCUUCUACUUGCCUUUGGUGAUCAUGGUCUUCGUCUAUGCCAGGGUCUUCCAGGUAGCUAAGAAGCAGCUGAAGAAGAUAGACAAAUGUGAAAGGAGGUUUCAUAACCAGAACAACAACCAGCAGGAGCAGAACGGGAGAGCAAGUCACAGGAGGACCUCCAAAUUUUGCUUGAAGGAGCACAAAGCCCUGAAAACCUUGGGGAUCAUCAUGGGCACCUUCACUUUGUGCUGGCUGCCCUUCUUCAUAAUCAACAUCGUGCACGUGAUACAGGACAAGAUUAUCCCCACUAACCUGUACAUCCUCCUGAACUGGUUGGGAUAUGUCAACUCCGGCUUCAACCCCCUUAUUUACUGCAGAAGCCCGGACUUCAGGUAUGCUUUCCAGGAGCUCCUGUGCCUCCGGCGAUCUGCCCUGAAGAUGCACGCCAAUGGAUUUUCCAACAGCAACGGGAAAAGUGACUUCAACGAGGAGGACGAUGGAUAUCAGUUGGGACAAGACAAAACGUGUGAAUUGCUGUGUGAAGGAGCGGGGGCACCUGCCAGUGAGGACUUAUUGCACUGUAAAGAGAUCCCUGGGUGUCCUGGAAUGGUUGAAAGUUGAAUGGGCUGAAGUGUCUUCCUCGCCACGCUGAGCUCACAAGGGCUCUGGAGAGAGAAAGCAGGAGCACGGCCGUGCUUCUCUGAGACUGGUGAAACCGUGGGAAACUACUGCUUUGGCAACUGCCUUCAUCUCAGCCCAUCACCAAUAGUGAGUCACCCGAAGGAGAAGCUGAUGAAGGAGUGGCAGCGAACCAGGCAAGGAUCCAUCAGUCCAUCAAGCCUCUCAGGGGAUAAAAGAGCCACAUCCCAGGAACCAGCCAUGUGAAAAUCGGAUCCACUCUGGGAAGGUGACAGCACGGCCCAACAGCACAGCACGGAAUGAGCUGAGUUUCCACACAGGAGGAAAAAGACAUCCAGGGGUUUCCCUGUCACGUCAACUUGGGAAAGCAUUGUUUCAAAAGGCAAGAAAGCUCUAGGGCUGCCCUGUCCUCUCCAUUGGCCAAUUCCUGGAAAAGAAGCCAAGCUCACUGCCUCCUGGUAUGGCCAAGGGAUUGCUAGGAACAUGGCCAUGGGUUUUUUGUCCACAUGCUGGCAGUGGGGUUCAGAUGAAACAGGAAUCUUUUAAAGACUAGAAAGACAAGGAAUGCUGAAGUUUGCUUUUAUUUAUUCUGUGUUAGCUUCUACCCAUGGCAUUUUCUCUGUCUCUUCCUCUGUAUAGACAAAUAAAUACCCAGUACACCACUCAGUCCUAUUCAGAUAGAAGAGGAACAUUACCAUGGGCCAAAUCUGAGGUCCUUACUCAGACAACAGUCCCACAGACCCCCAAGGCGCUGCCUUCAAUGAUUAUAAGGCGCUAGGAUUUGACCCCAUGUUUUGGCACUGAGCAGGGGUCAGAAGAGAUCUGCUUCACCUUUCACUUUCCAGCCCUGACAGUCAAACAGCACCAGCCACACUCUUGGAGCCCAGUUUUCGGACCUGAGCCCCAAAUGCCAUACAAGGCUCAAAUCCCUCAUUCGGGUAUUGAAAUCCGUGCACAGGCAAGUCAAUCCUUGUUGAAAACUGAGCUCCUUGGGUUAUUAAAUAUACAAGAGGGUUCAAAAUGAAAAAGCCCUGGUUUGGUUAUUAAGGGCUUGAUCCAGUGAGGUUCAGAGGAUGCCUAGCUCAACCCCCACUGGCACCCAGGGGAGUUUGGUGACCAGCACCUCCCAGGAGCUCAGCAUCUCAAAAGAUCAGGAGGCCCUUCAUCUCUUGACCCAUGUUGCAAAGAAAGAGACAGAGAGCUAGAGGUCCACGCAGCGAACCAUUGGAAAGACAAAUUCAAACAGUAGGAAAGCUGUGAUGUUCUUGUCAUUUCUGAUGGCAGAAGAAUAGUCUUGUAUGUCAAGCACCCGGCUCAGCUGAGUGAGUCCAGGAUUCUGCUUAGCAGCCCUCUGAGUUCUAAGCACCAACAGCGGUAACGGAAAUUCUGUGCUUUGCACGCAGCCCCGUUUUGACAUGAACUGUGCAGACAGGCUGGGCUUCCACCUGGAAAACCUGUAACACAAAAACGAGACUGUGGAGAGUUGUAGAGCAGCUUCCUAACCCGUGUCUGCAAGUGGGAACCACUGACAACUCUUGUAAUGCCAUAAGCAGGCCUUCAGCUCUAGCAAAAUAAAAGCAAGCCAUUUCACUGGGGUUGCCUGACGUUUAGAAAAAAAGAGGCUGCAGUCUGACCUUAUUUAUCUGCGGUGCAGGAUGUGAAGGGUACAGAGUGUGUGUGAGCGUGAGAGAGAGAGAGAAAAUGCAUGUCUGUACGCUAAUUAGACUC